AUGACGACCGCAGUAAAAACAUUGUGGAAACAAGCGUUAAAUACAUUUGAUGAACGAAGUAACGUUGGGUUUAAGCUUUGUCAACAAAAUUUUGACAAAUUGCGAUAUUUGAUGAAUAAAAUUACAGCCGAAGAUGUAAAUUUGAAUCAGCAAAUUCUAGAUUUCAUUCAAGUACAACAUGCACCGAUGUGGGUUAUUGACAUAUUUGAGAAUAAGGACUUUGCUAUAUCAAUUUUUAUAUUGAAACACGGAUUUACAAUGCCAAUACAUGACCACCCUGGAAUGUAUGGCUUUUUAAAGGUAAUUAGUGGGAAAGUUCAAGUGAAUAAUUAUACUUUGAAAGCAAAUGAAGAUCAUGCAAUUAAACUGAAUAAAGAAGUAAUGGCAUUUAGACAUAAACUGAUAUCUUUGCACAGUAAUUCUCCUGCUUGUACUCUUACACCAAGAGAAAGAAACUUACAUGAAAUUACAUGUAUUGAAGGGCCAGCUGCAUUUUUAGAUAUACUUAGUCCACCUUAUGAUGUAGAUGAUUCAGGUAAGGGACCAAGACCGUGUACAUUUUUCAAAACUGUUGGUAGUUCUAAGUUAUGUACAGAUUUAUCAGAUAUAAUUGAAGAAGUUAAGUUAUUGGUUAUUGAGGGUCCACCAGAUUUCUAUUCUGGAAGUCUUAAAUAUACAGGUCCACCGUUAAUGUGACCUGAAGUAUUAAGAUAUAUUUAGAUCUUGUGUUCUGUUUGUUAAAUAAUUCUGCAUUUUGUGUAUUAAGUUGCACUUAUAAUUGUAUCAUAAACUUAUAAAUGUUAAAAUGACAAUUUUAAUUAAUUGGGCAAUAUUUAUAUUUCUUUUUGCAUUUUUCCGCAUAUGAUCAUAAGAUGGAAUAAGAAAACAAUUUCCUUUAUAAAAAUAAAGUAAAAAUGUAGGAUAAGAUUUUUUUUCGAUUGUCAAGGAAUAUUAGCUUGAAAGUUAUUCGGGAAUACACUUGUUAAAUUCUUAAGUAAUCUCAUAUCUUAGUAAUUACAUGAAUAUAGAUUGAUAACAAUGUAACUGUGUAUCUUACGAUCCAAAUUCUUAAGUGGUGUUAUAGCCUAUGUUUAUUCAUUUUUCAAUAAUUUUGGUACAUAUAAGUUUUUUAAUAUAAAUUUAUAAGUAACAAUUAAGUGUAUGCAAACCUGAAAAAAUUUUAAACUAAAUUUUUUCGAAAUAAAAUGUCACGUGAAAAUAUUCUAUAUUUUCGAAUUAUUUUUCUUGGUUCCAUGUAAUGUGCAAGAAAUCGUAUUAAACAUAUUAUUUUGACAGUAUACAAGUAAGGAUGUGAAGAAUGAAUGUAUCAUAUGUAACACAUAAUAAGAUACACAUGACAAUUAUUGGAUAAAAACAAAAUUUUUAUUCAUAUAAAACACGUGAUAAUUAUAUCACAUAAUACGUAAAACAUACAAACGAUAUCUCAAUAAAGUUAUGUUCUACUUUCUGGUAUAUGAAUCACCAGUUUUCAAUUGUUUGUGCAUUUCUUACAGGUUAUAAAAAUAUACUGUACUAUAACAAUAUAGUUUACAUUACACAACAAUAA